AUGUCGACCUCCACGUUCAAACGACACCGAACAUCCUCCCUUUCAUCUUCCUCGUCGUCAUCUCCGUCCUCACCGAACCACCACACUUCCAAGGCAUCGCGCAUAAUCGUCGAUUCUCAACUCUCGCCACACAGUUCGUCAACACAGCGCCCUCUUUUAUGCUCCCUACCACCGACGUGCAACCACCGCCCAACACACAUCGCUAAUACCAAAGAGCUAGAAUCUCAUUAUGCCAAAUACCAUGCCCAUGUGUGUGAACUUGCAGGUUGUGGAUGCGUGUUUCCCGAUGCGCGCUUGCUUGAGCUGCACCAGACAGAAUGUCACGAUCCACUAGCGGCAGUACGGAAGGAGCGUGGGGAGAAGAUUUUCGCUUGCCACCUUGCUGCGUGCCCGCGCCUUUUCCUUACGCCCAAAGCUCGUCGUCUUCAUCUAAUUCAGGCCCAUUCUUACCCAAAAGAAUACUUUUUUGCUGUCACCAACAAAGGUGUAGGUGGUCUCCUCAAGAAAUGGGGUGAAGGUGUUAGUAUGAUUCGGAAGGAGUGGAAACCCAGAGGGAAAUCAGGAGAGAGUACGGCUGUGCCGACUGCACCAGAUGUUGAUAUGGACACGCACCGAAUGGAGACAGACGAGCACGACAGUGACGAAGAUGAAAACGAAGAUGAAGAUGAUGAGGACGACGAACAAGAGUCAGACGGACAAGAUGAUCAUGAUAAUAGCGCGGAAAGGCCAAUGUCUACCGAUCUUGACCCAGACGCUACUCCGCGCAUGGGAACACGAGGCACCGCUUCCCACCUCCCCAGCGUAUCCCCGCCGUCCUCCUCUCCCCAAUCAGCGGACACGCCUCUGGUCGACGGGCUCACGGAUUCACUCAACGCGCUAACACUGGUACCAUCGUCAGUGCGCUUUGGAAGAGGGGGUAAGAAAGGCGGAUUUGGCCCAGCACGGGGUGGUCAUUACGGUCCUGGAAGAGGUGGAGGUGGAGGUGAGCCCGUACCUGGACGAGGGGGUGCUGGUGCACGAGGUGUGGGUGUGGGUGGUAGAGGCUUAGGUUGGGCUGGGGGCAGGGGAAGGGCGGGAGUGCAAGUUCCCUUUACGCCCCAUUUGCAGAAUGUUUCUGGCAGAGGCAACGUGCCCAGAGGACGCGGGAUUGUGAGAGGUACGGUGCUGCCCUCGCGGGCGAGAGGUCGAGGUGUUGUUCAAGCUGGUGCUGUUUGA